CCUUCAGCACCUAAACUAUUUCACACAUCGAACUGGAUGGGGAUGAAAUUAAUAUUUCAACAAGAUUAUCUUAUAAAAAAUUCAAAUGUGAGUUAGCUAUUCUCUGGCAUGGUGAUGCUCAUGAAAAUUCGAGAGGUGCGCAUGAACUUCCGAAGUUUCAAUUUUCAUGGCAACUCCAUGAAUCACAAAAUCCCCAACUACGGAUUCUCCAGUUCACAUCGAGAUACUGCCGAUGAGGAAUCGACCGUUGCUAAAUUUGUUCGGUGGAAAACGAGACUUCGGCGCUGAAGUUUAAUUGACGUUUCUACUUGUUUUUGUUGUUGAGAAAAGACUAACGUGAGGAAAAUAUUGUGUAUUGUUGGAUGAACGAGUUCGUUUCCGAAAUCGAGAAUAAUAAUUUUGACAUUCAGUUCACAAAAUAAUAUAUUGUUAUUGGACUCUCACACAAACUAUAAAUAUUAAUAAUUAUUCAUAAAGAAAUAUUCAGCUAGUACAUGGUAAUGAAGAGCAUAAUUGUAGGACAACCUUUGAAUAUACAUAUGAAAGAUGUGAAUCAACAGUGUCAUCUUUCCUGUAGGAACUAGGAGGAAAUCUUACGUGAAUACGACAGUUUACGGUUGCCGCAGAGUCUCGAGCUUGGAGAAUAGCGGGAAAUUGGACAUAUGAUAUUGAACGUGUUAUGAAAAUUGGAAGCUCCACGAAAAAUGAGUUUUCUGUCUUCUCUGCUUAUUGUAUACAUACUGUUCACAGAAGGUCAUUGGGCGAUAUCUUCAGGCACGACAAUGAUGUGGGUACGUGUGAACAUACCCCAAUACAGAGUCCCGGGAGAGAACGCAAUACUCCACUGUGAAUAUGAUCUACGGAAUAAUUCCCUUUAUGCUGUGAAGUGGUAUAAGGAACACGAAGAGUUCUACAGGUUCGUGCCCCGCGAGAGGCCACAGGCGAACUGGUACAAGGUGGAAGGAGUAUAUGUUGAUAUGUCCAGAUCAGACAGUAAAAAAGUGGUUCUGCAUUCCGUUAAUUGGAAAACAAGCGGAACCUUUCGUUGCGAAGUAUCUGCCGAGGCUCCUACUUUUACCUCAGCACAAGGUGAAGCUAAAAUGGAGGUGAUUGCUCUUCCAGAAGAAGACCCCAUUAUUACUGGCGUUGAAGAGGAUUAUCAAAUUGGAGAAGACAUCAAUUUGAAUUGCACUUCUGGAAGGAGUCACCCUGCGCCACUUUUACAGUGGUACGUGAACGAACAGAAGAUACAGAAACCAGAAGCUUUGAUUCACUAUCGGCCGCAUUACCACCCGAAAGGGUUAAUUUCUUCAACGUUGGGCUUAAGAUUCAAGCUGAGCAACCAACAUUUUCGAGGAGGAUCCAUGAAGGUGAAAUGUAUAGCAUCAAUAGCGCCUAUACUGUAUCAGAGCGACAGAGAAAAAGUUCUGCAGAAGCAAGACCUUGUCGCCAAUGAAAUGAGAGAAGCACUUCUGUUGGUAAGGAGUUCAGGAGGAGCAGAUCUGUGUUCUUGUGUUCUUAUGAUAACAGCGAGUGUGAUUUUUCUACUAAUGUAGUAAGUGAUUUCAAACUGUGAUUGUGAAAUGAAUCGCGAAAUUAUCAGUUAUGGACUGUAAUAAUGAACUAUUUGAUAAUAUUCAUCGUAAAAUUUGAAAGUUAUUUCCGCUUGAACCCUGCAAAUAAGUAAUUACUCCAUCAUUCAUCUGAACACGAAUUGAAAAAAAAAUUGAUCACAUUGAGAAACAUCGCAUUCAGAAGGAAUCUGUGUUUAUGUGCUUUCUAUUGUCUUGCUUUUGAUU